CAGAAGAAUUUAUAAUCCAUCAAUUUGAAUUAAAUCUUUUCAUAAAUGCUAAUAAUGUUGAUAGAGCACGACAGUGGUUUUUUGAGUUCAAAGAAUUAUCAAAAACAACAAUGCCGGAGACCAAAGGAUUUCAAAUUAAAGGGUCCAAGGUUAUAUUCCAAGAAUUGCAACAUUGUAUACAUAGUGAAAAGCAAGAACAUAAUAUAGAUAAAAUUUUAAAUAAUCAAGUGAUUAAUGAAGUUCAAGAAUCUGAAGAAUCAAAUGUAGACCAAAUUAUUGCAACAGAAAUUGAAAAUCUAAAAUCUGAUAUGGAUCAAAUUAAUACAAUGGAGCAUAAUACAGCCUUUAUUGAAUUAUUUCUUAAAACAGUCAAACAUGAUUAUGAAAACUGUGGCCCACAGUUUCAAACUGCUAUUGAGAAACUAGCUGAACGUUAUAAUGCAGCAAAAGCAAAAUCUAUUCUGGCAUUAACAUCAUUUCUAUAUAACAUAGAUCGGAGUGUUGAUCCACUUACACGUGUAAAAAGUGAUGCAAAAAUUCAAACACAAGUUGAAUCAGUAAAGCGCAGAAAAAAAGCUGUUUGUGAUAAAGAAAAUAUCAUCAUCAUGUCAUGCCAGCAUGUAAAAAACGAACAAGUG